AUGGCCAUCCUUGAUAGGUUGCCUACUAAAGAUAGGUUGGUUCGGUUUGGUUUGAUCAUGGACAAUGGUUGUGUUGUGUGUGGGACUGGUUUGGAGACCCGUGACCAUCUCUUUGCAUAUUAUUCCUUUGCUAAGGAAGUAUGGAGUGUUGUCCCAUCUUCCUGUGGGAUUCGAAUUGGUUCGUAUAGCUGGGAUGUUCGUCUCAACUGGCUGAUUGAGAACUUAAAGGGAAAAUCUCUCCGUGUGCGGAUUCUCAAGCUCUCUUGGACUGGCUUUCUGUAUUAUAUUUGGGAGGAACGUAAUUAUAGGAACUUCAGGGGUUUAUCACGUUCAGUUGAUAUUAUUGUAAAUAGUAUAAAGGAGGCUGUGAAAAUCAAAUUGUAUAAUCAUUGCAUACAUAGGGUUGAUGAUGCUAAUAGGCAUUUGUGCAUAAGUUGGGGAUUGACCUAA